AUGAACUUAGAUGCUGUAGUUAACAGCUGCGGUUGCUGGGCCCUGGUUUUACUGCACACUGCAUCAUCUGACAUGUUCAUGUUUAGAGCUUUAUUCCAUGAGAAAACCAUCGAAUCAACUAUCAUUGGUCAUUCACUUCUAGACAUACGAGUAAAGGAGCCCUCCUUGGAGUCUUUAUGCAGUUACAGAGGGAAAAAGCAAUAUGAGCCUCCAAGGUUUAUGGCAGUAAGUGUUGCAAUUGAGCAGCUCUUGGAGGUUGAACAAAUGCGUGGAGAAAAUGCAUACACUGAAGACACUACUUGCGUUGGCUUUGCUCGACUUGGUAGUGAAGAUCAGUUGGUGGUUGCCGGUUCGAUGAAACAAUUGUUAGAGGUGGACUUUGGUCCCCCACUGCAUUGCCUCGUGAUAGUCGGUGAUACUCACCCCGUGGAAGAAGAAAUGCUGGAUUUCUAUAAGCUAGCGAAAAAGCAGGGCCAAGCCUGAAUAUUUUAAUUGUACAUCAAUAGGAUUGUAUGACAGUUAUUGUUGUAUCCAUCGUUUAUCUCUUGCAUUAUUUCAACUUUAAUUGGCUGUCGAUGUUGAGAAUGCCAAUCUUGCUUGAUGUUGGACGAUUAGGUUUGUUUUACGAUAUCAGCUUAAAUAGUACUAAUACAGUACUGAAAUGAUGCGACAUUGAUUUUACUGGAAGGGCAUUGCACAUCUGCAUA